GUCGUGCUGCAGCUCAGUGGGCCGUUUCCUGCCUGCUGCUCCACAACCUUCAGCACAGCAUCUUAAAUCUCACCCUGGUCGGCUAAAAAUAUCCACCUGCUAAACAAAACUUUUUGCACAUAAAACCCAACGGCUCAUUUUUGGAUCAGAUUCUCCUGGUUUCUGUCAGGAAGCCUGCUUCUGUGGAGAGGAUUUACUGAAAGCAAAGAACUGCUCUAAUUCUCUGUGGGGAAGUUGAACAAAAGAGGCAGUAUGCUCUCUGAUUUUACAGAUGCUGAAAAAAAAAGAAGGGAGGAGAAAGAUUUUGAUCACAUGGUCACAAAGUCAUUCUGAAAGUAUGCUAGAGGGGUGCUGCCCACAGAAGUCUGAAAACCGCCGUUGAGAAGCUGCAGCGAGCAUCACUUUCAGAGCUGUGGGUUAAAUACUGUUUUCAAGCUGAUGGACGACGGGAUGUGGAACGCAAACAUGUCUGAUCUGACCACAGACACCUAUCAGCCCAGCACCACUAUUCAAUCCCUCUCCAAUUUCACCCCUGGAGCUUCAACAACCUCAACCUCUGUGGACCCCAUAGUAUAUACAUGCACCUACAGUGUCUUUGCAGUUUUGGGCUUUGGCGCCGGCUGCUUCGUCUUCUACAGCUUCAUUCAGACCUACAUGGCUCAGAGACGGCUGGCCUGGCUCGACUGCCUCCUCUGGGUUUUCUGUGGUUUCCAGCUGCUGCUCCUACUACUGUCUCUCCCUACUGUGAUGCACAGACUUGAAUACAUGCCGCGGACGGCCUGGGGCUCCGCCGCCCUUUCCUUCUCCAUCAAUGUGGCCUCUUUGUGCGGAUUGCUUAUCUUAGUGCUCAUGGCGUUCGUCCUGACGCUAGAUCCGCCGUCAAAUGCCCUGCUGAGGAAGCCAAGGGUCUGUGCGGCGCUGGUGAUCCUGACAUCUUUUAUAACCUCCGUCCUGCUGGCAUUACUUCGACGCCUACAGGAAGAUGAGGACGCCGGUGUUUCAUACGCAGCUGCAAAGCUCUGUUUGGCUUUUCUGGUUCCCUUCACCGUCCAAUUCGGACUGCUGAUAAGCGGCUGCGUCCGGCAGUGGAAAUCUAAAGGACGUUUUCUGUCCGGCUCUGAGGAAGGCCCUGUGUUUCUGACCGUUGCAGUGUUAAUUUUUCUCUGCCAAUUGUUCUACAGCAUCAUUCUGGAGAGAGUGGCUCAACCCAACAAGGAUGGGGAGAAGAAACGAAACUUUCUGGCUAUGGCCGAUUGUGUGCUGUUCUCUGGCAGCAGCCUGAGCCUGAUUUUUGUUCUCCUGCUGCACCGGCCGAGUCGAGAGAGUCUCCAUGGCGUGAUGAGGCAGCUGAGGGACUGCUGUCGGAGACCGGGACAUCCGCAGCCCAACAGAAACAUCAUCGCUCCGCAAAUCGAGAUCACAGACACUCUGCAGGACAUCGAGUCAUAGACGGUUCACAUGGCAGAACCGGCCCAAUAGGAGGCUUUUAGAGCAAAAAAAACUCCUUCCUUCUUUUUACCAUUAAGUUAUUUUAAGAAAGAAAAGCAACCAUUGCUCUCAGUGCAGCGUAGAUUUUUACAACAUUCAGAGUCAUUCAAUGUCUUGUUCUAAAGGGAUGCAAGCAGAGGAAAACAAACAGACCAACAAUAAAAUAAAUAAAUAAAAACUU